GAGAGAAGAGGGAGUGUCCAAAACUCCACCCCCGCCCUUCGCAGUUUAUAAAACAGAUUGCAGUAACACACGCAGUUAAAACAUACUCACGGAGACCCCAUUAUAGGUUCACUGUGAGAGGUUAUAAUACGAACACUUUUAUUUUUCUACGGAAACGAAGACAAACAAAAUCAAAAUGCGUGAGUGCAUCUCUGUGCAUGUGGGUCAGGCUGGAGUCCAGAUGGGCAACACCUGUUGGGAGCUGUACUGCCUGGAGCACGGGAUCCAGCCGGACGGGACCAUGCCUAACAACAAGGCGGUCGGUAGCACUGACGACUCCUUCACCACGUUCUUCAGCGCCACGGGCAUCGGGAAAUACGUGCCCCGCGCCAUCUUUGUAGACCUGGAGCCCACUGUCAUUGAUGAGGUGAGGACAGGUACCUACCGCCAGCUGUUUCACCCUGAGCAGCUGAUCUCAGGGAAGGAGGACGCAGCCAAUAACUAUGCCCGUGGCCACUACACUAUCGGCAAGGAGAUCAUCGACCAAGUACUGGACAGGAUCCGUAAACUGGCUGACCAGUGCACGGGGCUCCAAGGGUUCCUGGUCUUCCACAGCUUCGGAGGUGGUACCGGCUCUGGUUUCACCUCCCUGCUCAUGGAACGUCUCUCAGUCGACUUUGGGAAGAAGUCCAAGCUGGAGUUUGCCAUAUACCCUGCUCCCCAGGUGUCCACAGCUGUGGUGGAGCCCUACAACUCCAUCCUGACCACCCACACUACCCUAGAGCACUCCGACUGUGCCUUCAUGGUGGACAAUGAGGCCAUCUACGACAUCUGCCGUAGAAACCUGGACAUUGAGCGCCCGUCUUACACCAACCUCAACAGGCUCAUCAGCCAGAUUGUCUCCUCCAUCACCGCCUCUCUCCGCUUCGAUGGUGCCCUUAAUGUGGACCUGACAGAGUUCCAGACCAACCUGGUGCCUUACCCCCGCAUCCACUUCCCCCUGGCCACCUAUGCCCCUGUCAUCUCAGCCGAGAAGGCCUACCACGAGCAGCUCUCUGUGGCUGAGAUCACCAACUCCUGCUUCGAGCCCGCCAACCAGAUGGUGAAGUGCGACCCUCGCCACGGUAAGUACAUGGCGUGCUGCCUGCUGUACCGCGGAGACGUGGUGCCCAAGGAUGUCAACGUGGCCAUCGGCAACAUCAAGACAAAGCGAAGCAUCCAGUUUGUGGACUGGUGCCCUACAGGUUUCAAAGUGGGCAUCAACUACCAGCCACCCACUGUGGUGCCAGGGGGUGACCUGGCCAAGGUCCAGAGAGCUGUGUGCAUGUUGAGCAACACCACAGCCAUCGCUGAGGCCUGGGCGCGUCUCGACCACAAGUUUGACCUGAUGUAUGCCAAGCGGGCAUUCGUGCACUGGUAUGUGGGUGAGGGCAUGGAGGAGGGAGAGUUCUCUGAGGCCAGGGAAGACAUGGCUGCCCUGGAGAAGGACUAUGAAGAGGUAGGAAUCGACUCAUUUGAGGAGGACGAGGAGGGAGAGGAGUAUUAGGAGAAGAGGAGUUCAAAGGAGGGAUGGGUCCUCGGUCGGCUUAUGUAUCACUGAGAGAUAGAACUGCCUUUACUUGACCAUGAAGUGGGAAACGGCCUGCUCCUUCCCUUGUCGAAUAUCAUCAAUCAUGUUUUCUUCACCAAAGACCCCACAUCCAUCCAUGUCUGAAUCUUUUCCUAGAAGGUUGACUAUGGAACCAUACAGAACCUUGAAGAUUAAGCUGUCUCCAUUAAAGUUUCCUUUAAGUUCAUGGUACUUCUGUGCUUUCAGAUCUAUCCUAAACACUAAAGUUACUGCCAAUCAGAAAACAAACUAGCCAACUAAACCCCAUGGUGUUGGGUCUUAAUGAAUGUAAUUCAGUAACUCUAUCUUGGAGGAUUAUUCUGCAUUGCAUGUUAAGUUACCCCAAAAUAAUUUAUUGGUUUUAUCCCUACAGAUUCUAUUUUCUUUGCCAUGUGUUAUUUUAAGAGUUAUCACAUCAGGAUACUGUUGUGGCUGUAUCCCCUCCUUUGUAAAUAAAGUUGUUUUAUCUCAGUUAA